AGAGCUCUCUCACACUGCCAUCGCUCUCACCUCCGCUCGCAGACACGUAUCCGCACGACAUGCCCGUCAUCACCUUCACCUGCACGAGACUCGCUGCUCCGGCGAUCGCCCACGCACAGCGCCACCUGGAGGCGCUGGCAAACGAGCGGCGGGGGAAGCCGACGAUGAGGGAGGUCAUCGCCGCGGCCGUCGCCACGCCGACGAACGCCGCCGACGAGACAGAUCGCGCCGCGACGUCUCCUGCAUCCCGCCGCCGCCGCAAGGAGAAGAAACCGAAGAGGAAGAAGAAGGAGAAGGGGAAGGGGAGAGAGGAGGAGGAGGAGACCUCCGCUGAGGGAGAGAAGAAGCCUCGGAUGAAGACGGCGGCGGACUGCGUGUCGCGGGUGCGCUGGGACGCGCGUCUAGCCGAGGCGUGCUUCGUCGUCGGCUACGUCGAUCGCUUCGUCGGGGUCGUCGAGCGGCCGUUCUCUCACUUCUGCUGGGGAGAGGACCUCGCGUCCGUCGACGACGUGGAGGAGCUGGCCGUUCCGCAGCAUCGCAUACAGUACUUCAAGUACCGAGGACUGAAGGUCUGGGACAAGAGCGAACGUCUCGACCUCAUGUUUGGAUCGACCGGCGACACCCGCGACCUUCACGACGCCAUUGCUGCUUACGACGCCCUGCAUCCCGACGACGAAGAGGGCGCCACUGACUCCGACGACUCCGACGACGAAGACUUCGGCGAUGGCGGCGGAAACGCAAAGUUCACUCUCUCACAGGCGACGGCCGACGUUCGGUACGAUCUCUCCGACCGUCCGAACUACUUCGUCGCCGUCCACGUCACCAACCCAGAGGUCAUCGCCAAGGUCACGGCGAUCCAGGCCGACGUGCGGGCGUACGACCCGCGCCUCGCCGAGGGAUUCCUCCACACGGGGGCGCUGCACGUCACCCUCGCGAUGCUGAGGCUCGACGGCCCCGACGACGUCCGCGCCUGCCAGGUGGCGCUGCGUGCGGCGCCGCGGCGACUGCGGCGGUUUCUCGCCGCGGGUCCGCUCGCGCUCGAGUUUCCCGCGCUGGCGACCUUCAACCAGCGCGUGCUGUACGCGGCGACGCGGCGGGACGAGCGCUUCCUCGCGUUCGUUCAGGAACUGCAGGAUCACCUGCUGAACAACGGUGUUCGCGUACACCACUCGCUCGACUACGUUCCACACCUCACCGUGAUGAAGAUGUCUCGUCCGCUCGCGCGCAGGCUGGGCACGUACUACGUGGACCAGCGCGCGUACGAGUCACGGGCGGGGGACAGCGUCGGCGGGCAGACGUGCGAUCGCAUGUACCUGUGCGAGAUCAGCGAGAUGAGGAACGCCGACGGAUUCUACCGACACGUGACGAGCGUCGGACUCUUGCCGGGCGACGUCGACAAUGACAACGACGGCGGCGAUGAUGGCACGAUCGGCUAG